GGAGUGAGUGAGGAGAGAGAGAUGCUGACAGAGUCCUGAUAGAUGGUUAAAAUGGCGAAAGCGUGUUCGACCCCAGCGAGCGACCAAACUGUAGCACCGUAGGUCGGAAUAUGUCGUAGCCGCUCAAGCUGUGGAUUUUUGUGUUUUCUUUCAUUUUUUUGGAGAUUUUUUUUUCUUCCCUAACGCUGUCCCUUCGCCUCACCUUGUUCUCUUCUUGCAAAGUGCUGGAUUUAAUUUCCUCCGUUUUAAAUGGCAUCCGCGAGGCGCCGCCGCCUUGCCCCGUGCGUUUUGGGAAUACUUCUCAAUGCUUUAAUCGGUGUGUUGAGUGAAGCAGAGCUUUCCUUCAAACUGGAGCCCAGUGAUAUCAUUGCUGUACAGGAGCAGCCCCUCAUGCUCCACUGCCAGGUGGAGGGCAUCCCCCCGAUCACCACGCAGUGGAGGCACAACGGGCUGCUGCUCACUCAGGACCAGCAUCACACCACCUUCAUCAAUGGCUCGCUCCUCAUCGCUCGCUUCCAGAAGACCAAGUCCGACGGCUCGUCGGACGAGGGCGACUACGAGUGCGUGGCCCAGAAUUCAUUUGGACUGGUGGUGAGCCGCAAGGCCCGAAUCCAGGCAGCAACGAUGGCAGACUUCCACGUUCAGCCGGAGUCGGUGCGCGCCGAGGAGUCCGGAGUGGCUCGAUUCCAGUGCCAGAUCCACGGGCUGCCGGAGCCCGUCAUCAGCUGGGAGAAAGACAGCCGGCCAGUGGACACCCGAGACAAGAGGUACACUCUCCUCCCUACAGGUGUUCUUCAGAUCACGGGAGUGCGGGAGGAGGACCGGGGCAAGUUCUGCUGCGUGGCUCACAACAGCGCGGGAGUCAAACACAGCACCGAGGCCCUCCUGACUGUUUCAGGCUCUCAGUCGUCUGUGUACAAAGAGCCCAUGAUCCUGGUCGGUCCGGAAAACCUCACCCUCACCGUUCACCAGACUGCCAUCUUGGAGUGUGUUGCUACUGGGUAUCCUCGCCCCAUAGUGUCGUGGAGCAGGCUAGACGGUCGUCCCAUCGGCGUGGAGGGAAUCCAGGUGCUCGGCACCGGAAACCUGAUGAUCUCAGACGUGGGCGUGCAGCACUCGGGGGUCUACGUGUGCGCCGCGAACAAGCCAGGGACCCGCGUCCGGAGGACGGCUCAAGGUCGACUUGUGGUUCAAGCUCCGGCAGAAUUCAUUCAGCCUCCGCAGUCCAUCGCCCGGCCCGUCGGCACCACCGCCAUCUUCACGUGCCAGGCGCAGGGCGAACCCGAGCCGCGGCUCACCUGGCUGAAGAACGGGCAGAUCCUGGAGCCCGGGGGACACGUCAAGCUCAGGAACAACAACAGCACGCUGACCAUCUACAGCAUCAGCCAGGACGACGAGGCCAUCUACCAGUGCAUCGCCGAGAACAGCGCCGGCUCCACGCAGGCCAGCGCCCGCCUCACGGUCCUCUGGGCCGACGGCCUGCCCGGCGAGCCCACCCACGUGCGGGCCGAGGCCCUCUCACCCACCACCAUCCAGGUGUCCUGGAGGAAGCCCGAGCAGAACACCGAGGACAUCAUCGGUUAUGUUCUGCACAUCCGCAGGACGGCAGACCCGGUGGAGAUGGAGUACGAGGAGGCUGUCAGCAAGGCGACGCUGCAGCAGAUCAUCCGGGACCUGGAGCCCUCCACCAGCUACACCUUCUACGUCAAGGCCUACACGUCGCACGGGGCCAGCAAAGCGUCGGACCGGGCCACCGAGAGCACGCAUGGGGAAGUGCCGGCGCCUCCUUCGCUCCACACUAAGGUGGUGAACAGCAGUGUUGUUCAGGCGACGUGGGAAUCGUCCUCCAAGAUGGGCCAGCAUCACGGCUUCAGGCUGUACUACAGGAGGGCGCACACACCUCGGUUCACUGGCCCCAUCACUCUGCCGCGCAACGCCACCCAGUACAACAUCACUCAGCUGGACUCCUCCCUGCUCUAUGAGAUAAAGCUGAUUGCGUACAACCAACAUGGCGACGGAAAUGCCACUGUGAGAUUCGUCUCGCUUCGGGAGGCGCUGGAGAAAUCUGUGCUGGACGACUCGUGCGACUGCGUGAAAGACGACCACGGCAAAACGUCCACAACGGGGAUCAUCAUCGGGAUCCACAUUGGAGUCACGUGCAUCAUCUUCUGCGUGCUCUUCCUCGUCUUCAGCUACCGCGGCAGGUUAAUGAUGUGUAAGACGGUUCAAGCCACUCCCCAGGCGGGGCACAGCGCCGUGCUGGAAUCCUCUUCCUCUUCCCAGGGGGCCGCCGGGCUCAACGGAGCUGCCAGGAGAGAGAUGGAGGUCAACGGCGGCGCAGCAGGGAAGAAAGUGGCGGACAGCAACGAGCUGGAGAGGCUUUUCACUCAGCUCAACACCCAAGAUACAUGCAUGUCCGACUCCUACGCGCUGAACGACACCCAGCUGUCGACGAUACCUCUGGAGGAGUUUUCGGUGGAAAGGGAGACGCAGUUCCAGGAGCCUCCUGCGGCAGGAGCGGCUCGACAGGACCAAGGCUGAUCAUGUAUGAAGGCCGACUCACACGACACUUCCCGGUGUCCACUUAGACUUUUCUCUCACUCAGGUUGACAAGAGUUUCUUUUCAAAGUAGUUUUUUUUUUUUGUUGUUGUUGUUGUUCUUUCGU